UGGUUUUUUUGUGUUAUUUUAAUACAUCUUAAUCACGUUAAAACGUUUAAUUUAAAUGAAGAAGUGGCGUUAAAUGAAGGGGAUGAUAAUAUCUCCAUUACACAAUGGAUUGAAAGCGUUGAAAAAAAUCUUAGCGUUUUUAAUAAAUACGCCGCUAAAUUAACCUGGGAUUUAGCAACUAAUCCAACUUCCGAAAUAGCUGAUAAAGGAUUAAAAUUGCAUUUAGCAAGAAAUAAUUGGAAAAAUCAAAUUUGUUCCUCGAAUAAAUGGGAGAAGGAUCUUACUUAUUCUCAAAGAAGAAAGUUUUAUUUGUUUUGUAGAGGAGGACGAUAUAAUAAUGAAAUGGCAAAGAUUUUCUUAGAGUUAAUGAGUAAUCUUUCUCGAAUUUACAAUUCAGCCGUUUGUUUGCCAACCGAUCAACCAGGAUCUCUGCAAUCUUUAGCUUACCCCUAUCAAAACAUAUCAGACUAUCCCACCCCUGGACAAUGUCUUCGUGGAGAACCAGAUCUUGAGAGAUUAAUUAAAAGAACCGAUUUGAAUCCAGAUCAAUUAAAAUGGAUUUGGAGGAGUUGGCAUGAUUUUGUUGGACCUUCAAUGAAAAAUGAAUUUUCCGAUUUUAAUAGAUUAGAAAAUUUAGCUGCUAAAAUGAACGGAUAUGAAAAUAUGGGGGAUAUUUGGAAAGGAGAAUUAGAAAUAUCAAACUUAGAAAACACCGUUUUUAAUCUUUACGAAGAAAUUAGACCUUUAUACAUUUUACUUCACGCUGUCGUUAGACACAAAUUAUUAUUAAAAUAUGGUCCUUUAGAAAUUGAUCCUUUAGGACCAAUUCCAAUACAUCUUUUAGGAAAUAUGUGGGGGCAAGAUUGGUCUAAAUUAAUCGAUAUAUUUCUUCCCCCGAACGAAAUGAUUGAUUUAGAUAAACGAAUUGAAAAGAAAAAGUGGAAAAUUAAAGACUUGGUAUUGCAAGCUGAAGAUAUGUAUACUUCUAUGGGUUUAUAUCCGAUGCCUGAAAGUUUUUGGAAUCAUUCAAUAUUCGAGCAAAAUGAGAAUUUAACUAUAUGUCAUGGUACAGCGGCUUUUAUGUAUAGAAAAGAUGAUGUUAGAAUGUUAAUGUGUGGAAAAGUUGAUAUGGAGAAUUUUUAUGUUAUUCAUCAUGAAAUUGGACAUCUUCAAUAUUAUUUAGCUUAUCAAAAUCAAUCUUCGAUUUUUCAGAGUGGCGCAAAUUCUGCGAUGCACGAAAGCAUCGGAGAUUCAAUAAUGCAUGGAGUCUUAUCACCGUCUCAUCUCCACCGACUUAAUUUAAUAACAGACGAAGAACUCAUUGAUCCAAAAACAGACUUUUAUUUACUUUUAAUGCAAGCCUUAGCGAAAAUCCCGGAAAUCCCAUUUUCUUUAAUUACCGAUAAAUACAGGUGGGAUAUCUUUUCCGGUUACAUCGAUAAAGAUCAUUAUAACGAAGCGUAUUGGAUGUUAAAUAAAGAAUUAAGAGGAAUCGUCCCACCGGAAAGAAGGGGUGAAGAGUUUUUUGAUGCCGCUGGAAAAUUUCAUUUAUCCGAUAAUACACCGUAUAUUAGGUAUUUUUUAAGCAGCAUUUUGCAAAUGGAAAUUUUUAAAGGACUUUGUGAAAUUUCCUUGUAUGGUAAAACUCAGGGGGAUGAUGAUUAUCAAGAAAAUAAUAUUUUUCCAUUACAUAAAUGCGAUAUUUAUGGAUCUAAGAAAUGUGGAAGGCAUUUAUUAGACAUGAUGCAACAAGGAUCUUCAAUUCCAUGGGUAGACGCUUUGGAUAUUCUCAUUGGGAAACGAAAAUUAUCUGCAAAACCUCUAUUGGAAUAUUACAAACCCAUUUAUGAUUGGUUAACACGCUAUGUAAAAAACAAUAAUGUACCUAUAGGUUGGUAAAUAAGUCAUUUGUAGUUUUAAUCAAGGUGUUUUAACGAGUGUAUAAUUAAUAAAAAAAAAACAUUAUCAGCA